AUGGCAGCCGCCGUCUGCUCGCUGCCUGACCUGGCCGCCGCCCCCAGGACGUUCUCCGGACGCCCCCGUGCCCAGGCCGGGCAGCAAGCAAAGGCUACCAAAAGAAAAUACCAAGCGUCCAGUGAGGCUUCCCCAGCAAAACGGAGGAACAAAGCAUCGUUUUUCCCAGCCAAGAAUACUAGUGUUAAAGAAACUCAGAGGACUUUUAAAGGGAAUACACAAAAAGCAUUUUCUCCAAAGAAGUAUUCACUUAGCACAAAUGACAGAAACCAGGAAGAGAAGCGGUGCAUUAAGACUUCAUCAUUGUUUAAAAACAACCCUGAAAUUCCAGAACUCCACAGACCUGUAGUAAAGCAGGUACAAGAAAAAGUGUUUACUUCAGCUGCUUUCCAUGAGCUGGGGCUCCACCCCCACUUGAUAUCCACAAUAAAUACUGUCUUAAAAAUGUCUAGUAUGACCCGUGUUCAGAAGCAAACUAUUCCUGCAUUGCUGGAAGGCAGAGAUGCUCUUGUGAGAUCCCAGACGGGCUCAGGUAAAACUCUUGCUUAUUGCAUCCCUGUGGUCCAGUCCCUUCAAGGAGUACAGUCAAAAAUACAACGCAGUGAUGGCCCCUAUGCGCUGGUACUCGUGCCAACGAGAGAGCUGGCUUUACAAAGCUUUGACACUAUCCAGAAACUGCUGAAGCCAUUUACCUGGAUUGUGCCUGGAGUGUUAAUGGGAGGAGAGAAGAGAAAAUCAGAAAAAGCCAGACUCCGCAAAGGAAUAAAUAUUCUUAUCUCAACUCCUGGACGUCUGGUGGAUCAUAUAAAAUCUACAAAGAACAUUCAUUUUAAUCGGAUACGGUGGUUGAUUUUCGAUGAAGCAGACAGAAUCUUGGAUUUGGGUUUUGAAAAGGAUAUUACAGUAAUACUCAAUGCUGUAAAUGCGGAAUGCCAAAAACGACAGAACGUUUUACUGUCUGCAACACUCACAGAAGGUGUAACACGGCUGGCGGAUAUCAGUUUGCACAAUCCAGUCACUAUUGCUGUCCUGGGUGAAAGCUGCGACCAAUGUAACCCAAAGGGCAAAGUGGUCCAGGAAGUCUCACCUCUACAAACUGGUGACAAGCUAGGUGGCUUUGCAAUACCAGGGAGUCUGGACCAGCAUGUGGCAUUGGUUCCCAGCAAACUGAGGCUUGUCUCCCUGGCAGCCUUCAUUCUUCAAAAAUGCAAGUUUGAAAAAGACCAGAAGAUGAUUAUCUUUUUCUCAAGUUGUGAGCUGGUGGAGUUCCACUACAACCUCUUUCUACAGACCCUGCUGAGCAGCCCAGGGGCCCCGGCAUUAGGGCAGUUACCAUCUGCCUCCGCACGAUUAAAAUUCCUACGGCUGCAUGGCAACAUGGAGCAGGAGGAAAGAACAGCAGUGUUUCAGGAAUUCUCACAUUCCAAAAGAGGCGUCCUUCUUUGCACGGACGUUGCGGCUCGGGGCUUAGAUCUCCCUCAAGUCACGUGGAUUGUUCAGUACAACGCUCCGUCUUCACCUGCAGAAUACAUCCAUCGGAUUGGAAGAACUGCCCGGAUUGGCUGCCAUGGGAGCAGCCUGCUCAUUUUGGCUCCUUCGGAGGCAGAAUAUGUCAACUCGUUGGCUUCUCACAAAAUCAACAUUUCAGAGAUUAAGGUGGAAGAUAUUUUGUCUGUUCUGACAAGGGAUGAUUGUUUUCAAGGGAGACUGUGGAGAAACCAGAAAUCCCAUGCUGUUGGCCCCCAGCACAUCCGAGAGCAAGCCACGGUCUUGCAGACGAUAUUUGAAGAUUAUGUGCACUCCAGUGAGAAGAGGGUCUCCUGGGCAAAGAAAGCUCUUCAGUCCUUCAUCCGAGCCUACGCGACCUACCCCAGGGAGCUGAAGCACAUCUUCCACGUUCGGUUCCUCCACCUUGGGCAUGUGGCUAAGAGCUUUGGGCUAAGAGAUGCCCCCCAAAAUCUUAAUGUCUCAGCUAUAAAGAAGAAGAAAGCGAACCAGAAAAGGCCUGACCUUCCUAAGAAGACCCAGAGUAAACGCCACCUUGCUGAAAUCUUACGUUCUGAAUACUCAAGUGGGCUGGAGGCCAGUGUCGCCAAGGUCAAGAAGCAAGACAAACGGAGAGCCCGGCAGCCAGCCCUGCAGCACGGCCCAGCCAGCACCCCUCGCCUGGCCGUGGGAAAAAAUUGACAAGCAGAAAAAGACUAGAAAAGGCUUACUGAAAGACUAAGACUUCCCAG